AUGUGCAAGCCAGACACCUUCACUGAAUACCACGAAAACGCCCCGAAAGUCCAAGAAUCAGAACAGGAUGUCAUAUACCAGACAUACGUUUCGAAGAGCCCGGAAUGGCACCGGAAAAUGACCAGCAAGCUCCUCCGAAAGGUCGACAUGCAUCUCCUCCCAUUCCUCGUGGUGAUGUAUCUGCUGAAUUUCUUGGAUCGAAACAACCUAUCUCAAGCACGACUAGGGUCCCUCGAAAAAGACCUCGGCAUGAAAGGAACGGACUAUAACCUGGCAACCAGUAUCUUGUUUGUGGGAUACCUGCUCAUGCAACUCCCGUCCAAUCUGCUUCUCACGCGCGUCCGACCGUCCUUGUUUCUAGGGAGCGCAAUGGCUAUCUGGGGGGUCAUAUCCGCCUGUCAGGCUGCAACGCAGUCUUUUACAGGAUUGGUUCUCGCUCGGUUCUUUCUGGGAUUUGUGGAGGCGCCGUUCUUUCCUGGGGCGAUCAUGUUGAUGUCGAGUUGGUAUACCAGGCAAGAGUUGAGCCAUCGCAUUGCGUGGUUCUAUGCCGGAAGCUCUCUGGCCAACGCAUUUGGUGGUCUCAUUGGGGCCGGCGUGCUAGGCAAUCUGGAUGGUGCGCAUGGGAUAGCCGGAUGGCGAUGGCUCUUCAUAAUUGAAGGGUGCAUCACCGUUGGCGUGUCGCUUACCUCGACACUGCUCCUGCCGAACUAUCCCGCAACAACACCAUGGCUUGACGAGACAGAGAAGCUCUACGCGCAAUGGCGACUCAUCCACGACGCAGGAGAAGCAGACGAAGCAAACUCUGGAAGUAUAAAAGAAGCGUUGCUACUUGUGUUCUCCGAUAAACGGAUUUACCUUUUCAUCCUGAUCCAGCAUACGUCUCUCCUCUCCCAGAACUUCCAAUACUUCUUUCCGACAAUCGUCCAGACUCUGGGCUACGGGAAUAUCGAGACUCUCCUUAUCACCGCGCCUGUCUGGAUUGCUACCUUUCUGGUGUCUCUCAUUGUGACAUGGACAUCUGGCAAAACGGACGAUCGAGGGCUGCAUAUCAUCUGCCUGAUGUUGGUAAGUGUCGUGGGAUGUGUGAUCUGCACUGCUACCACAAACAUCGGAGCAAGGUUCUUUGGGAUGUUUCUAAUGCCAAUGGGUGCUGUCUCGGCCUAUCAAAUCAUCAUUGCCUGGGUUGCCAACUCGUUUCCCCGCCCGCUGGUCAAACGCUCGGCUGCGAUUGCAACCGCGAACAUGAUUGGAAAUACCGCAUCGAUUUACGGAAGCUACAUGUGGCCGUCGUCAUCAGGACCUCGAUAUAUCGCGGGUGGCAGUGCCACUGCAGGGAUUGCCCUGUUGGUUGCGAUUCUUGCAUUUGUCAUUCGCGUCGUGCAUGCCAGGAUGAACAAGAAGCUUGACAUGGCACAGGAUAGACCAGAAGUGAUCGACUCUGAUAACUUGGAAGCUCGGAACGUCGGGUUUAGAUAUAUUCUCUAG